UCGCAAUAAUGGCUAUUAUUCCCUCGGAAUCUCGGAAUGUUACUCCCUCGCCGCUAACCGGCUCAGUUCGUAAUAAUCCUCGGGAAUAAUAGCUAUCAUUAUUGACUCGUGGUAUAAUCUACUAUUAUAAUAUACAAGGUGCUCUAUUUAAAAAAGUGCACUUUUCAUCUUUUUUAUACCUGGCAGUACAAUUACUAAUUUUGACCAAUCCUGUAUAAUGUAAAACAAAAAAUCAAAUCGAAACUCGUAGCUCGAAAUCGGGACUGUCCCGCCUAAAGCGGGACGGAUGAUCACUUCACUUGAUGAGUGAGAAAUAACAUUCUGCAUAUGUCACAACUGGUAUUUUGGCGUCGGGGGGAAGGGCGGGGAUUUGAUACACACAUGCUAUCUGAGGAGUGAGGAUAGGCUAUCCUGUAUCCUGUAGUAGUGGAGUGUAUCAUCCAUGCAUUCCAGCCACGUGUGGGGUGUAGUUUAUAGUUCAAUGUCGCCCUAUCUCUCCCUCUCUCGAACUGCUGACCUGGUUCGCUGACUGUUCCUCUCCCACGUUUGGGCUUGGCUGAAGGCAACUCGAGCCAACUGUACCCGAAUUUAUCUCAACUUCAUUCCAUAAUCUUAAUUCUGGAGCUCUGUGUACCUAUGCAAAUAUUCUUCUUUUAAUUGGGCCUGGGCGCGGGGUUAAACUUCGUGUUCGAUAUUCACAGACUCAUCAUCAUUCAUUAUCCUAGUUUUCCUCUUGCUCCGAGUUCCAAAUCCCGCCCGCCUUUUGAGCUACUCCCGGAUUGGAUAUUGGAACCUAGCUGUUGUAGAUUGACAGUUGAGCAGUUGACGCCAUAUUUUUUUCCGUUUUCUUGUGAACUUUUUUUUUAAGGAAGAAGCACAUUAAUUAAGUAACAUUUAAUUAGUCACUUACAUAAUAAUUUUGAAAUUAAUUACAUACUUACUAAAAUAAAAUCAAAAAUAUAACAAGAAUUAAAUUACACAAACACAAGUCCAGGACUUGAAAAUAGUUUGCAAGCUUCCAAUACCGGAAUCUCCACUGUAUCGGAAACGACUUUGUUUUCUGUCAAAAGUCAAAAUUCAAUUGUUUAAAACAAAAGACGCUUCACGCUCACGGCUCACGCGUCUAUUUUCGGUCGCAUAUUUGUCGAAAAGUCGCAACAGGUGAAAAGCUGGUGUCCCCAAUUUGCUAAUUAAUUAAUUACCAUCGAAUCAAGAAAGGAUGUACGCAAGGGAGCAAUUCAACAUGAGCGGAAAUCAGAAUCAAAGGCAAGUUUUUGGCAAUAAUAAUGGCUUCAUGCGUCCCAUUGUCGGAAGGAAACUACCUGUGGAAGAAACAACUUUUCAAAUGAACCAAGGGAAGUCCACGAAUAGCUACAAUAGUGUCGCUUCCAAUAGCAGCGCACCUUCCACUAGGAAACUUUUUGCUAGCAGUGCUAGUACUGGCCCAGUCAUGGCACCCACCAGAAACUCUCAGAACACUGCUACUGGUAGUCGCAGCAUGGCACCCCCCAACCGCUACCAGCACAAGACUACCGCUAGCCCGGCUACCAAACCCAUUGAAUAUGGUCGAAACGGAAGUCAAAGGGAGAAUCGUGACGGAAAUGCAUCUGCAAGCGCAUCCUUGGGACUUAUGGGUAUGCCGUCACCAAAUAAAUAUUCAACCAAACCGAUCACUUCCAUGAAAACGCAGAAUGAUUCUCAAGUUGAGAAAACUCUAAGCAGAAAAUCUGGGGAAAGCGAAGUCGACAAGUUACGUGUCCUGACAGGAACUGUGGAGCGUGUCAUAAGAUAUGGGAAAAUAUUUCAGAAUCAGUUUUGCUAUUUCCAAGUGAUGGGAGGUGUUGUGUCGAUUGCUGAGGGAAAAGUAGCAUUCGAAAAGACCAUGCUUCUGCGCGAUCUAAAGGGACCCGUUUUGCAGCUCAAUUAUUAUUCAAAUUCAACCCACAUUAAUAUUGACGAUUUUUAUUUGGGACAAAAUUUGAGAGCUGUCGGUAGAAUGAUUGGUCCAAACAUUAUGUCAGCAAUCAGCAUUCGAGCAGCCUCUCAGGACGAAAUGGAAUCCUUGCCCCGUCUCUGCUACAUUUCCGAUUAUUCCAUAUCGGCUUUCUGCGGCGAAAGACCUUUCGAAUCUAAAAAAAAUUAGAAAGUACCUACCUAGUUUUGUUGUGUAAGAUUAGUUAUUCGUUAUAAUUUAUGGAGUUAUUUAUAAUAAUUGUUUAUUAGUAUUAGUUUUUAUAGUUUAUAGAGGAGCGAUUUAUUAAUUAGUUUUUUGAUAGCAUAAAAUGCUAAUUACUGUAUAAUUCAUUUUAGCAAUAGCGCAUAUAAUUUUAUAAAUUUUCCAUGCAAAAUAGUAUUUCAUUUCUCAAACAUUUUAUGUUUAUAAUGUUUAUAAUGUCAGUACCAUAACCUAGUGAAUAUAAUAAUUCUUAUUUUUUUAAUUCACAAACCAAAAUCGCCUCCUAUAAAACUUUAAUACGGUUAUUCUUCAAAACAUGUACCUACUACAUAUUGUUAUU